GCAACAGCCCGGCCAGUAGGUGACCGAACCGAGCUUGGCUGAAAAAGGGUCCUCUACGAGGAGAAGGGGGAAAACUGCUACGAUAUAAGCUCGGUUCCAGAAAACAAGCCCGUAACGUACCGGUAUGGGAAUGGAUAGGGUUACAGUAUGGGGGAAACUGCGGGGGCCCAGGUUAUAAUACCAACCCUACCCACACACCCUACCGCGAUCACACGGAAAUGCUACAGUAUUAUUUUCCGGAGAAAGGACGGUGGUUCGAGAUAUUAUCCUCCUUCCGUUGGUAAGCAUAUUGUAUUAUUUAUUGAAUCAUUUUACCACAAAUAUCUCACAUGGGGGAGCGAUAAUAGUAAAUUUCCCUACCGCACAUUCCCCCACAGUGGGGGCUUUGGGGGGAGAGGAGGAUAGACGAACCGUAUUGAUUGGACUGACCCGUCCAAGCAUAUUGCGCCCCGCUACCGGUGUGGGAUUGCGGGAGUUUGGCCAAUUGUUUGACGAUAUUAUAGGGUAUUGGAGUCGUGGGGUUUUUAUUUGUACAGACACCCUAUACCACCCCCCGUACGGUAGCCCACCUAAACUAGACGAUGCGCUAGUGUCGGCCGGCAGUUGUAUGUGCGCGAUGAUAUGAUAUAAUAUGAUACCGGUAUGGUCGCGUCUGAGGAUGCGGCACCGCUAUCAUAACGGGGAAGCAGGGAAGCAGCAGGAAGGGUUUUCUGGGAAAAAGAUUUUUCGGGGGUUCGGAGUACGAUAGUCGAGUAGCAGACCGUCUUGGCAGGAUGGAGCUAUUCUAAAUGGGGAAUUCCCAACCCCAGCCCUGCAAGGAGGGCUUUUUGAAACCCUGGGUACGGACCGUACGGUAGGGUGGAAAAAAGGUGCCUAGACGGGACAUGCUUAUCGUUA